AUUUUUUUAUAUGUACAAACAAUUAUAAAGAAAGUGAAAAAGAAAGGAAACUAAAAAAAAUAAAGAAAGAGAGUAUAAUUACUGCAAACAACGCAGAGAGAGAGAGGAAAAAGAAAAAAAAAAAAGGAGAGAGAAGCAGUGAUGGAGUAUAUCAGAAGCUCACUGCUUUGCUGAUUUUGAGAGUGCGAGAGAGAGAAAGAAAAGGAGUACUGUGCAAGUUUUUCAACACUAUUAAUAAUAACAACAAUAAUACACUUAUAUACAAACAGAGAGCUUCUUGACAAGAAAUAAUCCAUCUUUUCAUUUCUUUUCUUACUGCAUUUGGGUUUCUCUCUUAAAACAUCAAUCCUUUUGUUAGUUUUCAGAGGAAGGAGAUAUCUGGAAAAGGAACUCAGGUAAAAGGGGCUGCGGUGUUCCCAACAGAAGGUUUUUAGGGGUAAUGUUGAGAAAGAGAACCAGGUCCCUUCAGAAAGAUCAACAAAUGGGUCCCUUAACAAUGUCUGAUUCUGGUUCUCAGUUUAAUUCCCAAUCUGAUUGUCUGGGUUACAAUCACAAAAGAACCUCCUUUUUCAAUGUCCCUGGCCUUUUUGUUGGGUUAAGUCCUAAGGGUAUGUCAGAUUGUGAUUCAGUCAGAAGCCCAACGUCUCCUCUCGAUUUGAGGUUGUUCUCAAAUUUAGGGAACUCCUCCUAUAGGUCUCCUAGGUCUUCCCAGAAUGGGCACCAGAAGAGCUGGGAUUGUAGUAAAGUAGGCUUAAGCAUUGUUAAUUCUCUUGAUGAUGAAGAUGAUGAUACAAAAGUAUCUGGUAAAGUUCUCAGAUCAUCAGAGAGCAAGAACAUUCUUUUUGGACAGAAAGUGAGAAUUAAAACCCCAACCUUUCAAGUCAAUGCUAAUUCUUUUGAGGCACCAAAGUCUUUGCCAAGAAAUUUUGCAAUUCUUCCUCAUUCUUAUACCAAAUCAUCGCUUCAAAAGGGCUGCUCCAAGGUAAUUUUUGAGAUUGGAGAAGCCCCAACUGAACCUGAGCAUUUUGGAAAAAUCCGGUCUUGCUCAUUGGACUCUUGCAAGUCAUUUUCAACCUUGUCUCGUUUGGCUAACCGAAACUCAAAUGUCAUUUGUGGGAAUUUUCCAUUGAAUAAUGUAGCUACCGGGACAAGUUCUCCUCUUCAAUUUUCUGGAGGAAGCCCCCCUCAAUCAAAUAACUCAUUGCAUAUGGAUUUGAACUUACCACCUGCUGGGUCUACCAGUGGGUUCGUCGGUUCUCUCUCUGCAAGUGAGAUUGAGCUAUCUGAGGAUUAUACAUGUGUAAUUUCACAUGGGCCCAACGCCAGAAAAACUCAUAUUUAUGGUGAUUGUGUCUUGGAGUGUUACAGUAAUGAAGGAAAGGAGAUUAGAAUGCCUCAGGCUAUUACUAGCUCUAUAAUUCCAAGUCCAUUUCCCUCGAAUGACUUUUUGAACUUCUGUUAUUAUUGCAACAGGAGACUGGAUGGUGGAAAAGAUAUUUACAUAUACAGAGGUGAGAAAGCCUUUUGUAGUUUAAGUUGUCGAUCGGAGGAGAUUAUGAUUGAUGAGGAGAUGGAGAAAACAACCAAUAAGACUUGCGAUGAACCUGAACCUCCCAAGUGCGACAAUGGCGAGGAACUCUAUGAAAAUGGCAUUUUUGAUGCUCCAUAGAGUCGCUCACAUGCCUUAUCAGUAGCCACCAUGCCCAUGAUUGAUGAAACUGUCAGCAAAGGUAGACACCCUUGAUCAUCUGUUUCCAAAGAGCUGUACAUGUGCAUCUGUUAGCAGCCAUGGAUGAUCGUUUUGUACAUUGUUUCCUUGUGCUGUUAAUGUUUCAUCAUUCAUGGUCAUGGGAAAUGGAUAUUUUAUUUUGGCUAAAUUUUUGGCUCAUCAUAAUUCAGACUUAUAUAUUAUCUUAUAAUUCAUGUAGAAUGGAGGUAGCCAAAUUUUUAGGCUGCCCUAUUUAAUUUUUUUUUUCUUUUUUUCCUAAUCUGUCUCUAUUGUGGCAAGAAUUAUUGUACAAGUCUGUAAACUCAGCAAGUUUUCGACUGAAUAUAAAAUGCUCUACUAAUUAUUGUAUUA